GAGCUUCGGUCAACUUGUCAGGUGACCGAACGGGAAAUUUGGUCAAGGAAAGUGCUCAGGAGACGCAGCUAUGUCUCCUGAUCGAUGUCUUGAAUGUAUACAGCGGAUGCAACAUCGGAUCUAGCUUAUGUUGGAAUCAGAUAUCUGACUGCGACAUUUUGGAGAGAUUACGUGCUUUAAAUCGAGUCUUCUGAAGGGGAGCUGACAACAUGCUAGCCACGGUGACUGCCGUGGUUACAUUGGCUCAGUACAAUGACACGGUGUCACCUACACCUCUGGAGAACACAUCUGUAUUCCCAACUGAAGGUCAAGCCAACAUCACCAAGCCUCACAAAUGCCUGCAAGUCCUAUACGAAGAUAUCGGAGACUCCAGGGUGCGCUUCUGGGACAUCUUGCUGCUGGUGCCAAAUGUGGCCUUUUUCAUAUUCUUGAUGUGGAAGCUUCCCUCUGCGAGGGCAAAAAUUCGACUCACUUCCAGCCCUAUUUUUGUCACCUUCUACUUGCUGGUCUUUGUUGUCGCAGCAGUUGGAAUCACUCGCGCUAUUGUUUCCAUGACUGUCAGCGCAUCCAGUGCAGCCACCAUUGUGGACAAAGUGCUGUGGGAAAUCACCCGCUUCUUCCUGCUUGCCAUUGAGCUCAGCGUCGUCAUCCUGGGACUCGCCUUUGGUCACUUAGAGAGCAAGUCCAGCAUAAAGCGUGUGUUGGCUAUUACAGCAGUGUUGGCAUUGGCAUACUCUAUUACACAGGGAACAUUAGAGAUACUGUACCCAGACAGUCAUCUGUCUGCCGAGGACUUUAACAUCUAUGGUCAUGGAGGACGGCACUUCUGGUUAGCCAGUUCCUGCUUCUUCUUCUUGGUUUACUCUCUGAUUGUUGUCCUUCCUAAAACCCCAGUGAGAGAAAGGAUAUCACUGCCAUCCAAAAGGGGUUUCUACGUGUACGCAGCCAUCCUGUCCUUGCUGAACUUUGUUCAGGGUUUGGGCAGCGCUCUGCUGUGUGCUGGGAUUAUAGAAGGACUUUGCUGUGUGGACGUCACCACCUUCCUGUAUUUUUCUGCCUUUGCUCCACUCAUUUAUAUCACAUUCCUCAAAGGAUUCUUUGGUUCGGAGCCGAAGAUCCUGUUCUCCUACAAAUCACAGGUGGACGAGCCGGACGAAAGCGACGUCCACCUUCCUCCGACCAUCGCCGCGACCCUCGGCCGCAAGGACUUCACUGACCAGGGCCUGUACUACUCUUCCACCCAGAUCGAUGGUGCCGGUCCCGGCGGCACUCGCGUGGUCGGAGCGUACCUGGAUGACGUGGCAUCAGGACCCUAUGGGUCGAACAGCAUCGAAGCCGACCGUUGGAGACCUAUCAAUGUGUGAGAGGAUUCACGGCCACACAGCUGAAGUGCGGUGUGGAUGAAAAGAGUUUGGCAGGACAGAGAUCAGAGGAGUGUUGCUGAGCCUGUUGCCUGGACAACAAGAAACUAUAAUCUUGGCCUUUCUUUGAUGCCAGAACAGUUGAAACAAACGGACACUUAAACAGAGACUGCUGCUCAUCUGUUUGUGAAGGACUUUGAUUUGUGACACUGUCGCCGGAGUGCUCUGCUGCUGUCGCUCCACGCCGCCGAGGUUGCUCUCUAUUGAUUCUGCUCCGCAGGCCCUUCGAUGUUAGUGCUUAUCAACUUGUCUCAGCACAUUUAUUCUAACUCCAGCACUAAAUAUCAAGUCCUCUGUUCUUAUUUAUGCAGUUUGAAGCCAGUUUUAGAUGCCCGAUUCUGCUAAAUCUAACGUGUGAUUUAGUGACGCGACACUUGUACGUUCUUGCUGAAAGGUUUGAGGCCCAACAUAUGAAGGAGUUCGUGUGCUGUUUUAUACUUUUUAGAGUUGUGGCUGAGAUAGUAGGCCGUUCUGUUUUUGAGCACAAGCAUUUCGUUGCGGGUUGGUCAUCCAAUAUAUUUGCUUUCCUAAGUAAAAAAACCCCAAUAAACUACAUAGCAGCUCGUCAACACAAGCGUUAAAAGCGUCGGCGACACAGUACCAAUCCUGAAAAGAAAUUGUAUUUCCCUGAGAAUCUUUGUAUACUUUGAUUGUGUUCAUACUUUAUCAUUUCUGCUUUUGCUUUAUAUUUUUUUAUACAAGGUAAAAAAAAAAACAUUCCUGCCUCUUCAUAGACACCUGUUGGCUUUGUAGAUGCCGUAAGAAAAUCAUUAUGUGCGACCUACAUAACAAGGCUGCUUCUGCUCGUUCACAAACCUUCUUAUGUUUUCUUCCUUUCAUUUUUUUUGCAGAACUUGUAUUGUGUCUUUGAACAAGAGGCUGCUACUGCAGCUUAUUUGGUGUGUUAAUUCAGGACCAGCUGUUGUGAGACCAGAAACGAUAUUGCUCAGUCUUAACGUAUUUAAGAUAGUGUUAGAAAAGUCUUGUGAUAUAAUUAGAGCUUUUGAUUUCCAGUUAGCAAAGAGAAAUUAUAAUACAGGGAAUCUGAGGAACUUUCUAGUUUUCCUUUUUAAGGAAAAAAAGUCAGUUCGUUGCCCAUUUAUUUAAAAGUAAAGUCUUAUACCUUCUUGUAUGUCUUCAAUGCACAUCACAUACAUGUCAACUGUGGAAUAUAAUUCAAAAUUUCCCCCAAAACCACAGUGUUUCCUAUGGAUGACUUGCAUAUUUAACUUUUUAGUUUCAUUUGGUUGUGUUUUGUAUCCAGAAAGUAUUGGGUUAUUUAAAAAAAAUACUACGUAGCGCAACAACACAGUACAGAAAGUAUUUGUUUGACUUUGAAAUACAUGAUGUACAAUUACUGCUGAAUGAUGUUGACAAGCUUGGGAAAAAAGUUAUUUUUUUUCUUUUUCUUUUUACUUUAAAGGGUGCAUUAUGAAGAAACAAUGUUCUGUUUAGAUACCAAAUCUUUCAUAGUGAAGUUUUGCAGGUGGUGCUUUAAUUACAGUGUGUUGGCCAUUCCAUGUGCUGCAAAAUAAACUCUGGACUUUUUCCUC